AUGUUCUCCAAACGACCCGAUAAGCACACAACCGGGUUGAUUAACAUGCGAAAUGACUGCUUCGCCAAUGCGACCAUCCAAGCGUACUCGUCUUUACCGGGUCUCACGGAAUACCUCAACGCCUUUAUGAAAGCGUACGCAAAUAUCUUCGAUCUCGAGAAAAAAUACAGGCUUUCUCUUAGAGAUUUAAGUUCGGCCAAACGUAUCAGGCCCACACUUCAAUCGAAGGCCAGAAGAGAACGAUUUGAUGUUGGAAACAAAGAUGAUCCCAUUCAAGAUCAAGUCCGUAUUACGUUACAUAUUGCGCUUGCAAAAAUCAUGAAAAAGCUUCAAGAUACACAAAUGAGUACUCGAACCAUCUCAGUUUGGACGUUUCUCCACGAACUUGAGGGAAUCUACCAUGCCAAGAUUUCUAGAUCGCAGCAUGAUGCCCAUGAAUUGACCCAACUAAUAAAUGAAACGUUGGAAUUCGAAAACUCGAAUUGUUCAAGGUUACUGAAUAUCCUUAGGGAAUCUUUACUUAGAAAUGGAGGUAGCCAUUCUGAUAUCGAGUCCAUUCAUGUUCCCGAAUUUCCUUUAAAUGGCCUAUUAUUGUCGCAAAUGCAAUGCUUAAACUGUCUGCAUCUUUCGAAGCCUGAUUUUACGCCUUUUCUCAUGCUCACAUUGCAUCCUCCACAGUUAUCUGUAAGUGAUUUGGAGUCCCUUCUCAAUGAAAAUGAGUCCGAAACUAUUAGUGGGUAUCAUUGUUUGAAGUGCCGCAUCCGUGAAAUUGUUGAGCAUGUGCGUCAUGAUAUCCCUUCACAUCUUUUAAAACAGUUUCAGCAACUCAAUCAGGAUAGAGCUCUCUUCAUCAACGAGGAAGUACCAACGGAACUAGAGACUUAUAUCGAUGAUUUUUUUCGGAAUGAUACAGAAAAUGGAAAUAUGACCUCAACUGUUAUACGCAAGACUCAUAUCCUCAAACCUCCCAAGAUUUUUGGCAUUCAUUUAUCUAGAUCAACAUUCGAUGGUGUCAGCGUUUCAAGGAACCUGUGCCGAGUUGCAUUCAAUGACAGAUUGAAUUUAUCGAUAAAAAAUGAAUAUGUAAAGGAGCUUCAAUAUGCGCGAGGCACAGAUGCCAUGUUUCAACACAUCUCUCAUGAGACUAAUAUCCUUACACUUGAUAAGGAAGACAUGGAAAAUGAGAGUGUUCAAGUGGAAGAUAUUGAUAAGGUUGGACUGGACUCUGAAGUUCAGUAUGACAGUUCUGAUUCUGGGCAUGACUCAUACAGUACUUCAGAGAGCACCUCAGGAUCUUCUCAAGGAACCGAAUCCAUAUUUAUGGGCAUGGACAGCUCUUCUCGAGGCUUCAUCGAUGGCAAAAACGAUUCUAGUAAAACAGAUUUGAGCAAUUCGCUGCUGUGCGAAGGACAGUUGGAAGGUCUCAAGAAUCAUUUUCAGCAUUUCAAAUUCGAUGAGAACAAUAUCUACAAAUAUCGCCUCCGUGCAAUCAUAAAGCAUCAAGGAUCACACACUCAAGGCCACUACGAAUGCUACAAGAGGAAACCGUUGUUUGUAAAAGACAGUACAGGAAAUGUGUUGAAAAUCUCACCCGAAAUUGACGAAUCUUAUAUUCAAAAAGUCGAACUGAUAGGAACUACAGAACCCCAGCCAAAAAAUCUUCUGAACUCUGCCUCCUACGAUGAGAGACCCAAUGCUUUCAGAAACAAGAUUUCCAGCAUCAUUGGUCGAAGGCCAUCAAUUUCGCAAACAGAUCCUGAACAUGCAAAUUUGCAGGAAAUUAUACAUUCAGGUCUGGCCACUCCAGCAGAAGUGUUAAUUGAUCGUGAUGAUUAUUUUCAAAGUCCAUCUGUAAAUGAUUUAGAGGAACUGCUUGGUAAGAUUAAGCUCAAUGGAGACCAAUUUGAGAGAACGAAAGACAAGAUCAGAAUGAAAAAAAUUCCCACACUCAUCAAACAUCCAUUUUGGAAAGUUGGUGAUGCGGAAGUAUCGGAAGUAUCGAAGCCGUCUGUUCUUCUCGAGACAGCCAGUGUGUACAUGCUCUAUUACGAGCGCACUGACAGAAAACAACACAAAGUAUAG